GAGACCGCAGCUCGACGUGGGCAAACUUGCGUAGUGCACACACUCAGAGGAAACCCGCCUCUCUUCUCCUUCGCAACGGUGGUGGGUGAUUCAUUCGUCGCGGCACGUACUUCGCAUACACGGGCUCCGAGCUUCGAUUCACCAGCAGUCGCCCGCCCAAUUCCCACUUCACUUCAGCGGCAACGCAAUCCGUUGAUUCGCGGAACUGACGGCCGAGCUCCCAACGCGAAGUUAUCACGAACGGCAAGGAAGACGGGUGAGAGCAACUGUCACGGACGGUGCGGCGCAGGUGUCUGUCGGCAGAGCUGUUCCGCCUGUGUGCUCAAGUCGGACAUACCGCUGCGCGAGCCCCAGCUUACAGCCUUCAAGAGAAAACCCCACUAUGGACGCGAGCAAGCUCACCCCCUACGACCCAAGGGUCCGAUACGAAUCGGCCGUGGUCCGCGGCAAGACGUACAAGUACAUCGUCGGCGAGCCCAAGAUCACGCUUCCCGUCGCCACCAUCUUCCUCAUCCAUGGGUUCCCGGACUGCAGCUUUGGCUGGCGCAACCAGAUCCCGUACCUCAUGAAGCUCGGCUUCCGCGUCGUUGUGCCCGAUCUCCUGGGCUACGCCGGGUCUGACACCCCGCAAGACCUGGCCCAGUUCUCUUUCAAGAGCAUGUCUGCCGACAUCAGGGAGCUGGCACGCAAAUUUGUUGGCGACGGCCAGAUUGUUCUUGGUGGACACGACUGGGGUGGUGCCCUCGUCUGGAGGGUCGCUCUGUGGUACCCGGAGCUUCUUAAGGGUGUCUUCAGCGUCUGCACACCGUUCAACGCACCCAUGAAGCCCUGGCUACCUCUGCAGGACCUCAUUGCCAUGGGGAAGCUCAAGAACUUCACAUACCAGCUCCAGCUCGCUGGACCAGACGUGGAGAAGGAGAUUCAGGGCGAGGAAAAACUCCGCCAGUUUCUGAACGGCAUGUGGGGAGGAUCCGGCCCCAACCGCGAGCGCGCUCUCAUUCCCGAGCAAGGCGUCCUGCUGGACAAUCUGCCCAAGCUCAAUAGGACCGUUUUGCUUUCUGAGGAGGAGCUGAACCACUAUGUCGAAAAGUAUAUGCUCCAGAGCGUGCCGCAACUCCGAGGACCGCUCAACUGGUAUCGCACGCGCAAGAUCAACUGGGAGGAGGAGCUGCCCCUGGCCGACAAGGACACGAAACUUGAGAUGCCCACCAUGUACAUUGCCGCCAAAAACGACACCGCGCUGCCACCUUCCAUGUCCAUUGGCAUGGAACGAUACAUGCCCAAGCUGACCAGGGCUGAAGUCGGCGGCUCUCACUGGGCAUUGACGGGUGCCAGCGACGAAGUCAACGCGCACAUCGGCAAGUGGCUGAAGUCCUUAUUCGAGGGCGACGUCAAAUCAGCGCUGUAGGUGGGCGCGGAAGAAUGCCGUGAUUUGGGAGGACGCGAUGCAAACAACCCCCGGAUCCGCUGCUGCUCCCAUCUCGCGGGGCCAAUGGUUGGGAUGGGCUGUACCGCACAUUACUUGAGCGUAAACUUUUGGCCAGACACCGUUGGGGCCUUUGAUGAGCCCUUUUUGUUGGGUUUGCCGCACAUGGCACAAGCUGGUUUUGUAGUAAGUGGUAGUCACUCAGCGACAACGACACAAGGGCCGCCAUACCUUCGUUUUUGUAUGCACAAGUGUGGCAAAAAGUAUGUCCCUGAGUAAUUUUGGUCUUGCACUUUGAACAUGAACUAUGAAGCCAGUGUCAGAUACUAUACACGAAUGUGUAGGUCCAGGUCGAAAAGUCCCUCUGUACGUACCUUGAAUACUGAGCAUAGGGGUUCUUGGCCGACUUGGAUAGGAGCUUGCUCUGGCAAAGGAUAAGUAAGGAGAC